CGGAGCGCCCGUUAACGGCCGAGCGCGGCCGUCGCCGCGCCAUGUUGCGCGGCCUGGGCAGCUGGCUGGGGCUGGAGCGGGCAGGUGAGGAGAAGCUGCUGCCGGCUGAGGAGAGGAGCAGCCCCGCGGAGGAGGAGGAGGCGGCGGCGGCAGACGCGGAGGCGGCCGUGCGGAGCUCGGAGCAGGCGGAGCUGCAGGCGGAUUCGGAGGCGCUCCUCAGCCAGGCCAAGGGACUCGGCAGUUACCUCUUCAACUUUGCCACUGCUGCUACAAAAAAGAUAACUGAAUCCGUUGCUGAAACAGCACAGUCGAUAAAGAAGUCUGUAGAAGAAGGAAAAAUCGACAGUAUCAUUGAUAAGACAAUUAUUGGAGAUUUUCAGAAGGAACAGAAAAAAUUUGUCCAAGAGCAGCAAACAAAAAAAUCAGAAGCAGCAGUACCUCCCUGGGUAGACAGCAAUGAAGAAGAGACAAUUCAACAACAAAUACUGGCCUUAUCAGCAGAUAAACGAAAUUUUCUGCGGGAUCCUCCAGCAGGCGUGCAGUUUAAUUUUGACUUUGAUCAAAUGUACCCUGUUGCAAUGGUGAUGUUACAAGAAGAUGAACUUCUCAAUAGGAUGAGGUUUGAUCUCGUUCCCAAACAUGUAAAGGAGGAGGUGUUCUGGAGAAAUUAUUUCUACAGGGUAUCCCUAAUUAAACAGUCUGCGCAACUCACUGCACUUGCAGCUCAACAGCAAGCAGUAGGAAAAGAAGAGAACAAAGGCAGAGAAGAGGAUAUCCAACUGAAAGAAACAGUACGGCCAAAAACACCGCCUGUUACAAUAAAGCCUCAAAUAAAAUCUCAAGAGGAUGAGGAGGAGAUUUCCACAAGUCCAGGUGUAUCAGAAUUUGUGAGUGAUGCUUUUGAUGCCUGUAAUCUGAAUCAGGAAGACCUAAGAAAAGAAAUGGAACAACUGGUGCUAGACAAAAAGAAAGAAGAGACUUCAGUAGUAGAAGAAGAAACUGCUGAUUGGGAAAAGGAAUUGCAACAAGAGCUUCAAGAGUAUGAGGUGGUGACGGAAUCAGAAAAGCGUGAUGAAAACUGGGAUAAAGAAAUAGAAGAAAUGCUGCAAGAAGAAAAUUAAGCAUUUUCACAAAAUCACUAUAACCCUAAGUUUUUUCUGAGGACUGACAUGGAUUUCUGCUUUCAUAUUUUGCUUACAAAAGAUCUUUAAAAGACUCUAAAAUCUUUAUAAUUCCCUAUGGGGAUACAGCCAGCAUUUCUGUUCUUUAUAUGAGCAGUUUCUGAACUUCUGCAUUCUUCAGAAGAAAAAAAAAAAAAAACAAAACAGACAGACACUGCAGGUUAUAUGUCAUAAUUAAAAGUGAUAACAUUAUUACAUGAAGCAACAGUCUAGUUUGAGGUAUUUGGCAUUUUUAGGUGGUCAAGAAGCUCAGCAAAGAGAUUUCUAAAUCUAAGAAUCUCAAUUUUUUUGUCUACAACCUUCUGUUUGGCAUGUAAAAAUGGAUGUAGUAAGUAACUUAGUCCUCGAAAAUAACUCUCAUCACAUUUGCACUCUGAUGCCUGUAUAAUCUGUAAAUGUGUACUAUUUUUAAGGUACUUGUAGCUAGUAGCUUUCUUGUGUAUUUAACUUCCUUAAUGUAUGUAGCCAAAGAAUUUAUAGAAAACCCUAUCAAAUAACUUCUGAUAAUUUGUUAAAAAAACUACUAUUUCAGACUCCAGAAGAAGUACUGAUUAAUUAUUGAUCAGGUAUGAUUAACUGGCAAACAUUUAAGUAUUUAAAUAAGAACAGAGUUAUUAACUGCUUGAAUUGAACUGUUGUUUUUGUUAAAUCAUCAUUUUAAGGUAUUGCCUUUCCCUACAGAGAGAAAUGGUUUAAUGCAUUCUUUCUUCAGAAGACUCUUAACAAUUCCAUUUAAUUUUGCUGUCUGACUGAGAGCAAAUUAAAUGUUUCUCUUUAUGUUAAGUGCUGAAACUUUUCUGUAAAAACUUUGCCUGGUUUGGACAUCUUUAUUAAAUACUGUAGAUAUGUAUAAAAUUGCCUCAUUUCUUUGGAGGGAGGGCAGAGUGGGGGGCAAACAUACUUCAGACACAGAUUUCAAAAAUAUACU